CCGCAUGUCUUAUUCAUGAACUGUUGCUGGAGCAUGGCCGGAGGACAAGUCCGCCCCCACCGCCGCUAGAAGCCGUGUUUGGGUAGGGGGGGGAACCCCCGCACGCUUGUACAACACAGUAAUGUCAAUAAUUGUCUUGUCUUUCUAACAUGACGUUUUCUUCUGUGUGACAGAAUUAGCACGCCCGUCACUGUUGUUUUUUUCACCUGAGAAGUUGAGCGAGACAACGGCGCCGUCCUCACUGCUCCGCCCCGUCUCCAAAAGGGUGCUGAAUAGAGUGCCAAUGGGGUCCAGGGGGUGUCCCACCCAGCCUUCCAGCGCCAGUCUGGGGUCCCCCAUGAACUGCUCUGUGAUCAGCGUCAACAUGCGGGCACCGUUGGAGUCCCUCAUCUUCAGCAUCUCCCUCACCUGCACAGAUAAAGACGCCAUUGUGGGUCAACUGCAGCCUAACUGGGACAGAGACGGAAGAGAUACGGGGAAUGAAGAGAGGAGGAGGACAGAGAGACGAGUGCGCCAUCGACAAGAGAUAAAUAAAUGGAGGUGAUGCUAAAGCCAGAAUGGACUGACUCGUGGAUGGUCCUCCUUCUCUCUUGACGAUAUUAUUACUACAAACAGCCAAGUUGAAUACCAUGCUUUAGGAUGUGGGCCCUCACCUUGCUGAAGAGGAGGUUGAGCUGCUUCCCUGACCCGUGGUAGCCCCCCUGGGAAAGGAAGAGCUUGACCUGCUCCUGGACUUGCUCCUCGUCCAGAUGCCAGCAGUUCUCGUCGUCCACGCUGGCGCCAGCCGUCGGAUCGGGAGCACCUGGCGUGCAUGAAAAACCGCUAAGUCUACAUCCCAACUUUGUGACGCUCACCAACGAAGAAGUUGCGCACUCACCGUGGACUUGGUUGAUCUCAGAGUUCUGCAACAGGAUCUCGUCGGCCAGCUUCUGCGCGGUGGGCAGCACCUCCGUGUGGUGCACGGUGAUCAGGUACUGAACAAACUUCUGCAGCUGGUCCCGGUUCAUCUGGAAGAGCGUCUCCGAGAUGGGAAGGCGCAGUUUGACCAGCUCGGGGCUGCGCACGCGGUAGAGGGAGAGCGCCACCACGUGGGCGCAGUAGAAGAUGUCCUUGUUGCCGCAGCCGCAAGUCACGGCCGUGAUCUUGCAGCGGUCGAAGCUGAUGCUCACGUUGCACAGCGCCUCGGGCUCAGAGGACGUGGCGGGCUCACGAACUGUGCCGCUGAGGUGGAAGCCUGGGCGGGACAACGGAGAAUGACUGUCAAUCAUCUGUCGGUGUACCAGGCUGCUGAGUCCUCGCCAACAUGGACGUGGUGCCGCCUGAGCUCAACAGCCUCCUUCCCGAUGAGAUCAUGGACAUGGAGGCCAUCGAGGAGGUGGCUCACUCCCAGUCGGACUCCAGUCAAGACACGUCCGUCCCCAUGGAAACGGACAUUCCGCUGGCACCGGAGAACGCGGGUCUUUCCACCUCCACGGAAUCUCAGCUUCCCAUCUCGGCCCCCGGAUUGCCCUCCCAGCUCCUCACCCUGAAGCCAGCAUCGUUGGCCACCUCCACCGCCGUCACCAAAACCACGGACAGCGUCACAGGGACGACGGUCUCGACCAGCGGCUUGCAAAAGCUCACAGCACCGUUCACCAUCUCCGCCGCCAAUCACCAGAUCAUCCUCAACAAGGUGGCUUCGUCGCAAGCCACGGAGGCGGCGCGCUCAGCGGGGGGAACGGCCUCCCCGCAGAUCAUCAAGCAGGAUGGCCAGAAGCUCUUUGUGACCACCAUUGGCAAGACGGGACAGCCCAUAGUGCUGCAGCUGCCCCACACGGCCGCUGCCAAGGCAGGCGGGGCUCAGGCCGCGGCCGACGGAAAGUCGCCGGUGCCGCAGAUCAAGGUGGUGACCAUCGGGGGGAGGUCAGAGUUGAAGCAAGUGGUUGCGAGUGCGGCCAGCCAAGUGACUGCACUACAAAGCCCGCAGCUCAAGACUGUGCAGCUCACCAAGAAAACGCCGGCAUCCUCGGCUUCGCCCAUCAAGUUCAUCAUCACAAAAGCAGUCAACAGCAAAGCUCAGACGUCUGGAGCUCCUGUCAUCGCAGGACGGGUCCUGGCCCAGAAUUCACCCAUGAUGCCGCAGAGGACCAUCACGCUGUCCGAGACCCACAACGCCAGCAUCCAGAGCAUCGCCGGCAAAAAGAUUGCCAUCUCUCCACUCAAGACUCCCAGCAAGGUGACCGUGGUGUCCGUGGCUUCGCCGACCUCCAGUGCCUCCCAGAAGUCCGUGACCCUUCCUGUCAGCGUGGCGCUGGGCCAGCAGAUCCUCUCAGUUCAGCAGCCCACCUCCGUGUCGCCGGUCAAGGUGGCCACCAGCCAGGCAGCAGCCCAGAACAUCAAACCAGUUCAGUCAGUGGCGGUGGGCGGCUCCCAGUUCAAGACCAUCAUCCCGCUGGCCACCCAGCCCAACGUGCAGCAGAUCCAGGUGCCAGGAAGCCGCUUCCACUAUGUGCGCCUGGUCACAGCCACCACAGCGAGCGGCGCGGUGCAGCCCAGCAACCCCAGCACCAGCACCAUGCAGACAGCCAAGCCUAUAGGGGUCAGCACGGGGGCGGUGAGGAUGUCGGUCCCCAUUGUGCCGGCGCAGAGCGUCAAGCAGAUGGUGCCCAAGCCAGCCGCCCAGGUGGUCACCAGCACGCCCACCCAGCAGCGCCUCAUCAUGCCUGCCACAGCGCUGCCCCAGAUCCAGCCCAACUUCACCAACCUGCCGCCGGGCACCGUGCUGGCCCCGGCCCCGGUCGGCGGGAACGUGGGCUACGCCGUGGUACCGGCGCAGUACGUCACUCAGCUGCAGCAGGCGCCGAUCGUGAGCAUCGCCAACAGCUCCGGUUAUCCCGCCUCUGCCGCCAACCUCCAGACGGAGGCCAGGCUGCCGCUCAACGGCAUGUCGACGGUGGACGCGAGCGCCAGGCCGAGGAAACCCUGCAACUGCACCAAGUCUCAGUGUCUCAAGCUAUAUUGCGACUGCUUUGCAAACGGGGAGUUCUGCAACAACUGCAACUGCAACAACUGCUUCAACAACCUGGAGCAUGAAGCCGAGCGCUCCAAAGCCAUCAAGACGUGUUUGGACCGCAACCCCGAGGCCUUCAAGCCCAAAAUUGGCAAGGGAAAAGAGGGCGAGUCGGAUCGGCGCCACAGUAAAGGCUGCAACUGCAAACGGUCGGGUUGCCUGAAGAACUACUGCGAGUGCUACGAGGCCAAGAUCAUGUGCUCGUCCAUCUGCAAGUGCGUCGGCUGCAAGAACUUCGAGGAGAGCCCGGAGAGGAAGACGCUGAUGCACCUGGCCGACGCCGCCGAGGUCCGAGUCCAACAGCAGACGGCCGCCAAGACCAAGCUCUCCUCGCAGAUCUCCGACCUGCUCAUGAGGACCACGCCCGUCAUCUCAAGUGGAGGCGGCAGGCUCCCGUACACGUUUGUGACGAAGGAGGUGUUGGAGGCGACGUGCGAUUGUCUCCUGGAGCAGGCCAAGUGGGCUGAACAGACCCGGCAGCCUCACGUGGAGGCGGAGCGCAGGAUCCUGGAGGAGUUCGGACACUGCCUCAUGAGGAUAAUCCACUCGGCGGGCAAAGCCAAAGCAGACUGCGCAUCCAUCAACAGCUAGGUGGCCAUCUCCGGCUCUUCCCUCGGUCACGUCAAAACGCGCCCCCAGUCCCUCCCAUUAGGUAGGUGGGUGGGUUAAACUGGUCGCCCGUCCCCCACGCCGGACAAGAAGAAUGGCGCCAGCGUGGACGCCUGAGCGAGCCGGAGCCCGUCGCGAUAUAAACUGAAGGACAGCAGCAUCUGCCGCCAUGGACGCUCAUCAGAGCAUAUCCGCCAUCCAUCCUCACACUUUUAUUCACCCUUUUAUACUCUUUUCUGUCUUUUUUUCCCCCUAUCUGAUGACAAAACAUGGUGUCAAAUUGUAUAUUUGUGCUCCAAGUAGACAAACAGAACAUGUAUCUUUUGAUAUUUAUUUUGUCAAGUAGGGAUUUGGAAUUACUUUUUAGCACUAAUCAUGUGUUGCUUCCGCUGAUGAUCAUUCUUAACCAGGCUAGGCUACUCAUUGACUUCAAUUGCUUAGAACACACACACACACACAGCAUCAAGACAAAGUACAGCACCUCAUAAAUGGCAGCCCAACCCCAUACAGUCAAAAGCAACAGCUGUUUGUGUGCCUUUUUACAAGGCUGAAUACGACAAAAGCAUUUUGACUGCUUCACAAACAUGACACUAGAAGGAAGUACAGAAACGUCAUUCGACACAUUUUAUUCAUCUGUCAAUCAAAAUAAUUACACUGCAGUGAGGUAAAGUACAAAUCAUUCCAAACAAAUUAUCAUGGGAAGCCACGUGAAAAUGAUGUACAAUUAAUCAAUUGUACAAAAAAUAAAGCUAUUUCGCUAUAUA